GCGAGCACCAGCCGGGACAUAGAGGCUGUUGCUGAAGACAGAUGGAGACGCAGAGUGGCCAAAGAAUUCACCAGAUCCUGGGGGAAAGACUGAAGGAUCAGGCCAGUCAACAGCUUGUGGUCUUCAUCUGCCAAGACCGGAUGGGACGAAAUGGUCCUAAGAGGCUGAACUUGGAUUUUGCAAAGCAAACAUUUGUAUGCUUUUUACCGGAGCAAACUGUUCUUAGCUGAUUGGAAUUGGACUGCAUGUUGUUUUCAACUUGGGCUGCGCUGCAGUGGCUUGGAGUAUUGUUGGGCAGCAUCAUCCGGAGUUAUAACCCUCAUCAUCUCCUCCAUCUGAGCUGCACCAUCGUCAAGCCUGCACCUUUCAACGGAUCCCUUUGCUUUGUCAAAGAUGGGGAGUGGAUUUCAAGGGCACGAGGGGACCAACAUUUCCGUGCAGCAUAACGAGUUCUUAUGGGGAGGUUCUGACGAAGCUGUCUUUAUAUCAUCGGAUGCGUCAUUUGGGAUGAGAGUAUUCAUCACUUUUGUCUACUCGGUGGUCUGCCUGCUGGGACUGCUGGGGAACGGUCUUGUAAUGUACUUGAUUAGGGCCCAGAAGGGCAGGUCCACUCCCAUCAUUAAUAUUUUUAUCUUUGGCUUAGCGGUGGCUGACUUCCAGUUCUCGUUGAUGCUUCCCUUCUGGGCUGUGGAGACCGCCCUGGAUUUCAUUUGGCCCUUUGGCAAAGUGAUGUGCAAGAUCAUCCCUUCUCUCACCAUAAUCAGCAUCUACGCCAAUGUCUCAUUGCUCACGGCCUUGAGCGUGACCCGCUACUGGACUUUGGCGUCUGCUCUGAAGGCUGGUUCUGCGAUGACCCCUCGCCAGGCUAAAUGGAUCACUGUGGCUCUCUGGGCCUUGGCAUUGGGGGCUACUGUGCCCACUGUAAUGUUCAUAACCGUGCAGGAUAUCGCUGGAGUAAAAGUUUGCCUUUUCAAGUUCCCCACGGAAUAUGGUUUGGGCAUCUACCGUCUCCAUCGGGUGGUGUUCACCUUUGUGAUACCUUUGGGAAUCAUCUCAGCCUCCUACCUCCUUCUCCUAAGACUCCUCAAGACCUACCAAGGCAACGGCAGCUAUUCCAAACGGCAGAAGCAAGUCACCACCACCAUCCGGCUGUUUAGCUCUCAGAGAAAGCCCUUUCCAAGGCCUGCAUGGCCAUGAUCCCUGAACUACACAGCAGAACACCUCUGUCCUGUGAUACAAAUCUUAUGGACCCCUCCAGAUUGCUUUUCUUGAUAAAAAUAUGAGACUCGGUGGACCAGUGGUUUCAGUGAUGCAGGUUUCAGAGUCUGGGGGAGAGGAGAGGAGACGACCACAGACUCCAUCGCUAUUGUUUCUUCAUUUGGAAGAUGAAGACCAACACAGUGACUACAACAGGCUGCCAGUAUUUAACUCCAGUUCCCCCUGAAAAUCACGGGCUCCUUAAUGUGUGGGUCUGUGCUCAUCUGUACUCUGAAGACUGCAAAACUUUGAACUGUAGCCUAGUGGAAGGAAAGUGGAUGUGGUGGGAACUUCUGCUAAUCACAGCAGCAAAAACCUGCCUGACCUUCAAAGUUUAUGGCCUGUUUUGAACUAUGUUUUAUUGGCCUGCACAGAGUAUCAUAAUAAUCUCUGGCAAAGGGUCAUUUAGUAUCUUUGAGGGGUGUGUGAUAAUCAUAACUCUGAAUAUCAAGACAGAAUGUACCAUAGAUAUGGAUUAUGCACUCACGAUUAAAUUUAUGGGACUCGAUGAGAAUCCAAGAGACCUAGUUCACUAUUACGGCCCGUAUCCUAUGUUAGCCCAGAGGGUCAACUUACUGGGUAACUAGAGUUCAUUAUGUUCAUCCUUAAGACUGAACCUCUUAUGUUUCAAAUAGAUGUUAGAAAUGUGAACAACAGGAUGGGACAUUUUAUCAUUUGUGGCAGACUUGUAACAAAGCGAAAAAGUUUUGGAAACAAAUACAUCUAAUUAUUCAGAAGAGCUUAAAGAUUAAUGUUUAAAUGAAGCUGGAGGCCUUUUUUGUUGGGUUUGAUAGAUAAAUAGCUGGAAGCUAUAUGUAGCAUACAUUUUUGUAUAUGAUAACAGCAGCAAGAUUAUUAUAUGCCCCCAAAAUGGAAAGCUACAACAUUACCUACAGUAGAAGAGUGGCUGGAGAAAAUGAUGGACGAUGCCAAGAUGACUGACGUUUCUGAUCAGGGAAAAGACAGUAAAUAAAUAUUUGAUUAUCUGGAAGCCCCUUAUAGACUUUUUGCAAGAAACAGAAAGAGAUGAACUAAAUGAUCUGAGCGUUUGAAGAUUAGGGAGAGGGGAAAAUGCAUAGAUGGAAUGGAAAAGUAGCUACUUAUGGUUAUUUUAUCUAUUGUUAUCUAUUCCUAUUUAUAUAUGUAUAUUCUUAUCUCCUCUCUUUCAUUUUUCUUUUUGUAUGUUUUACAAUUCAUUCUAAAAUUUCAAUAAAACUCUAUUUGAAAAAAA